CACUUGCCCAAUUAAAAACUAAGUUGUAAUUAUAGUUUUUUGAUUUGGUAAAGUUAGAAAGAAUAAUAUGGACUUUCAAUCUCCAUAAAUAAGUUGAUCGAAAAGAAGAAGACGGAUCAGCUGUUUGCCGUUUUUUAUUUGGGACGGAAUGGUUUUUGUUGCUGUUUGGGACGAAAAAAAUAUGCUUAUGGUUUCGUGAACAUGGCAAAUGGUGCGGAUGGAUGUUGGUCCACCGAACAAAUAAUAGCGGAUGCAGGAAACUGGUCUCUGGCCGGAGACGUGGCUCUUUUAAAUAAUCUUAAAGCUUUUUCCGAGAAAGUGCUCAAUGAGACCGUUCAAAUAAGUCGUAACGUUGACAAAUUAUUGGACAAUGUUAAUGAUGUUGGCAUCAGAUUGGAUUUGGCAAAAAACGAGUUUCAAAGCCUACGAAAUUCCCAAUUUGUUGAGAGUAGAGUCUAUGAAGAUGAUGAAACUAUCGAUGGCGCCUCUAAAUCAGAUAAUAAGGGAGAACCGGCUGAUCUUACUGAAGACCAAAAAGAAAUGGUCAUUAAGCAAGCAAUUCAAACCGGUUUAAAAGUUAUGGCAAAUUACUAUGAUAAAGUGGCAAUAACUGCGGCAACAGAUGUUGACAGAGGCUACAUUCUUCAGUCCAAAGAUUCAUAUGCCCACAGGCCCCUGCCAUAUCUAGUGGGCUCACAAGAGUGGUAUAUGAAAUGGCACGUCGGAUUACUCAAGACUGACAUUAAAAAGUCUCAAAAGGAAGAUGAACUUCCUAAAGAUAAAGCCCUGGAGUCGCACUCGGGGCUCGAUAUCAGCUCAAAUCAUGAUGAGGUUCAAGCCAAUGCUGUUUCAAAUGAAACAGUAGAUGUCAAUGUGAAUCACACUUUGAAUGCCCCCAUAACAAAUCUAACAUUCGCAGAGCAACUGACCCAAAAACUAAGUACAGUAAUCACCAGUGACAUUAAUAAGAACCCAAUAAAGCAAAAUGCAGAGAACAAAUAUCCUAGAAGUUUGUUCUCUGAUGAACCGCCUCCUCUAGAUGUAACAGUAUUGCCUAAGAAGGUGUCCGAUAGUGAUGAUAAUGAGCAGAGCGGAGAGAAAAUUAGUGCAAGUCAAAGCCUUUCAGCAGAUGAAGUGGACAAGGAUAGUGACUAUUACCUUAGGCACUUUAAACGUCAAACGAAGGGACUCUUUGAUGAGACAGAUGAAAGCAGUGAUGAUGAAGGAGAUAUAUUUGCCAAGGUUGGGAGACCAAAAGGAGACAAACCAUUCUUACAACCUUUUAAGAGUACCACACCAUUUUUGGAUGAAGAACCCCCUGAACUGAAACCCAAAAAGAAGAAUGAUGUUCUAAAAAAGAAACCUGCUGGAGGAGUGUCCAUAUUGGAGGAAGAUUUCGUAGUGCCAUUCCAGAAAGCCAAUAGGAGUCCAUCCAUUUCUUCACAGGAGAAGAAAAAAAAUUCUUCACUUUUCGAUGGUUCUUCAGAAGAUGAAUUUGUCACAGCUAUAAAACCAGGUUCAGAAACUAGCUCAUUUAAGAAUAAUGAUGACCCUAAAAUUCCCAUAAAAAAGAAAGAGGGUACAGAUACAAAAAUCACAAACAAUGCAAACUUUGAUAGUUUGGAACCUACUCAAGAAGAACCCUCCAGGGAACCAAAGAAAAAAAUUAGCCUUUUUGAUGAUGAUUUCCUUGAAGAUGAGGAUGAUAUUUUUGGCAAUAUAGGCGCCGAAAAAAAUCUGUUCAAAGACUUGAAAAGUGAUAUGGGUCAAAAACAUAUGUUAUUUGAGGACUCAGAUGAGUUAGAUGACUCUUCUUCUUUCCUUUCCUCAAGUUUCCAGAACAAGACCUUGUUUGAAGACCUUGAGGGUAGUGAGAAGCACACGGAAGAGAAGGAACAAAUAAUGCCAGGCAAGAUACAAAGGAAAGAUACCAUAAGCAAAUUGAGGAAAAAUUGUGGCUUGUUUGACAGUAGUGAAGAUGAAAAUUCUGAUGAAGAUAUAUUUAUUAAAAAGAAAAUUGAAAAAGAGGUGGAAAAAUCAAGGGAUAUGACAAACAAAAUUGAAAAUAACGUGAACCUAUUUGAAGGCACUGAAGAUGAAGACAUUUUUCACAAAAAAAUUGAUAAAGAAGAUUCGAAGAUAAUUAAAAUUGAAAAAGAUUCAGUCUUGAAUAAUAAGAAGCCGCCAAUCGAUGAGUCCGGGAAAACCGCCAAUUUGUUUAGCUCUAUUGAAGAUGAAGAUAGCAACAAAAAUGUAAUGCCAGAGGAUACUAAAAUAGAUAGUAAAGCUAAGCAGGCCACUGGACUGUUUAGCAGUGAUGAAGAUGAAGGUGCUGAUGAUUUUACCAAAAAAGAUGAACACGAUAAGGAUCAAUUUAAGCCAAGUGUCAAUUUAUUUAAUGCUAGUGGAGAUGGAGAUGAUGAAGGUGUUUUUACCCAACAAGUGAAUAGCUCUGCUGAGGGGCAAUUAGAAGCCGAGCAAUCUAAUAUAAGGCAAGUGGUUCUGCACAAAACUGAUACAAAUAAUCGCAUGAAGGGGCCUUGGCAGUCAGCGGUAGAAGAGAAAGAUAAUAUCGGUAAGCAAUAUCAAGAGAAAGAGGAAAGUAGACAGAAUUCUGCAGAGAAGGCAAUUAGGGAAUGUGGUGAAAUCACUGCCCCAAAAGUUAUGGAACAGGAAGCGGCGAAUUUUAAAACGGACGGAAAGUUGAAUCUUUUCACUGCUUUACAUAAUGAUGUGGAGGUUACAACUGACACAAAAGACGCUGUCGGAGAAGAUCUAGAUGUAGACGAGAAUGGUGGUAUUGGUGGCAUACCUGAAAUAAAAGUGACCUCAACCACUUCAGAUAAACCAAGCAAAUCAACUAGUAAAGAUUCAACCAAAAAAUCACGGGUGAUAAAUCUGUUUGAUCCCACGCCGCCUCCAGACGAUAAUUUCUGGGAUAACAGCGACGAUAGCGAUCUGGAGGGCUUCUCCAUUAAUGACGACUUCAAUCGAGAGCCGACGCCCCGACGCGGGUCGAGUCUAUUCAAUAAUGACCCACCUUCGAUAAACCCCAACGAUUCCAGUGGCAUCGUCAGGGACCAAGACUCAAUCAGAGCAGAUUCGGGCGAGGAAUCUUUCAACCCGUACGCGUCGUCCACCAGGAAGCUAUCGUCGGACAUCUUCGCCGAACAGCAGAGCGAGGACGGCGUUUUCCUUACCAAGGAGGAGACGGAGAACGGGCCCCAGCCGCCCAGCUUACCGAGCAUACCGGAGGAUACGAAAAACGAAAGUUUUCCGAGCAACUUCGCCCAUUUAACGCCGAGCGGACGCUCGGAGGACCUCGCGGACGAUCAAUCACAUUCGGUUUUUGAAAAAACUGCCGACGACGCCAAUACGUCGCCGAGCAAACUGAAACAUAACCUAAAAAUUAAUGUCGACGCGUUGUUACCGCACGCGAUUGCGCCCAAAUUACGCGGUGUCGUGAGAUCUGCCAGCUCAGACGAACCGGGUGACCCUUCUUCGGAGGGUAUUCAAUCGGACGUCGGGAUAUUGCGCAAUGUUACUAAGGAUCGGGCGAGGAUACCCGUGAAGCGCAGACCGUCUACCAGAAAAGGUAGACAAGAGGCGAUCAGGAAUUCGGUGGCCGAUUUUAGGUUGUACCACGGGGAGGUGACGGAAAAUGACACGAUUUUGAAAAACGAGAAAGAUUCGCUGGAAGAAUCACUAGAGGACUACAAUAAGAAGGGCAUAUCUUUGGUUUUCGGCGAGGAAAGUAAGAAAAGUGCCGAUACCAUUUUAGAAAAAAAGGCCAGCGAAGGCAAGCUCAAUUUAUUUGGCGAAGAAGACAGCGAUAGUGAAGAUCUUUUCGGGGCCAAGGCGAGCGUGAAACCAGCGCUUUCCGAGGACAAGGGCUCCGUUUUUAGCGCCAAAUCGGCGAACAGAGGCAAGGCUAAGGAUUCCCUGUUUGAGGAUAGCGAUGGGAGCGACGAUGACGACUUGUUUAGAACGACGAAAAGCAAAGACGUGUUUAGCUCUACGCCGGUCGGAAAGAGGGCCGUUAAAACCGCGGCCGUGAGAAAACUGGAAAACAAGGAGGUCAAAGAGGAUCCGCUGUCUUUGUUCCAGUGAAAUUUUCGAUUAUGGAUCGGAUAUUUUCCGUUGAAAGUUAUGUUUAUGAAAUGUUUAUAAUAUAUUGUAUAUUUG